CCACGGUGGGGCGGAGCCGCGCGGCCGAUCCGGAGCGCCGGGGCCGUGGAGGGCGGGGGAGACACCGGGCACGGAGCCGCCGCCGCAGCUCCCCGGCGCCAGGCAGAAGCCAGGCCCUGUUUACUUGGACACUCGCAGAAGUUGGUGGCAGACAUUGAAUCUCAGACCUCAUAAGAGACUGACCACGUGUGUAUUUUUGGAUGCACCCCUGCUAAUGAACAGCAGAACCCUGGGAAGAUGAGAAGAGGAAGCUGAAACCCAGUUCCUGAGAUGCAGUGAUGAAGUUUCAGCCUGAUACGAGGAUGUGAACGCAGUAGAUGGUGCUGAAGCAACACUGAGGCUCCUCCUGUGAAAUAUCCACAGUCCAGUGUGUAUAGAGAAAGUGCUUGCUGGCCCUCCCCAGUGUUGAUGGUCCUGUGUCUUCAAGAGAUGCAUUCCAGGACAAGAAGACACUGACUGAAAGAUAAAGGCAUAUUGGAAAGGUAUAAAGCUUAGAGAAAUCUAAUGAAAAUGCUUUCUCUAUUUUGAGUGGAAUCCCACCUCUAACACUCAGACCUGAUUUAUUUGUCCUUUGAAAAAGAGAAAUGGCUAUUACAUCACCUUUAAAAGGAAGAUUCAUUGCUUUUAAUUUUUAUGUAUCCUUCAGAUGGGAUACAGAAGAUUAAUAGUGAUUUGAAAAAUCUGAAGGUCUUGAGUAUAAACUUACAUAAGUUCUAAAAAUGGGAAGAAUUUUUUUGGAUCAUAUUGGUGGCACUCGCCUGUUCUCCUGCGCAAACUGCGACACGAUUCUGACCAACCGCUCCGAGCUCAUCUCCACUCGCUUUACAGGGGCCACGGGAAGGGCCUUCCUUUUUAACAAGGUGGUAAAUCUGCAGUAUAGCGAAGUUCAGGACCGGGUCAUGCUCACUGGCCGCCACAUGGUUCGGGACGUGAGCUGCAAGAACUGCAACAGCAAACUGGGCUGGAUCUAUGAGUUUGCCACUGAAGACAGCCAGCGCUACAAGGAAGGCCGCGUUAUCCUGGAAAGAGCCUUGGUGCGGGAGAGCGAAGGCUUCGAGGAGCAUGUGCCAUCCGACAAUUCCUGAAGAGGCUCCGGUCUCUUCUCAGGUUCUCUGCAAUUGAAACUCAAAUAUAAUAAAAUCAACAAAAAAAUCUGCUUACAUACACUGUCACCUUAGCAUCAGAGUCGGAUUCAUGGACUACAAAGUGGGAAAGAUUGUGAGAAUAUUUCAGAUGGAACCUUCCUUUCUUUAUUCCUUUUAUAUUUUACUUUCCCUCCAGCAGCUGUUUGUAGAAAGAAUGUUGUGCAGAUGCUGUAACUUUUUCUCUCUUUCAUUUACAUCUGUUAGAUUUGAGAUUGUAUCUUCAGAUUCGGUGGGCUAAAAGGAAAAUAUUUGCAGGAUUUGUCUUUCAUUGGAGAGAAAUUCAAUGAGGUUUUUUUUUUUAGUUUGCACAAACUGAUGUCAGCAUCAAGUUAUUUUAAAACUACAGAUGUUUUUUUAAAAGUAUAUUCCAACUUUUGGCUUAAGUUUUUAGUUAGGUGUUUGGGUUUUUGGUUUUUUUUUACCCAGCCUUUUCACCUGGUUUGCUAGCUAAGUAAAGAGAUCCGAAUUUGUGCUGAGUGCUAAAGGUUCAGUGUUGGUACGGCUUGGGCUGGCCCAUGUGCCAUAUUCUUGUUGAGGUUGAUUGGUAGCACAGAGCCCAUUAUUUCUUGUCAUUCUUGACCCAAAGAUGUCACCGUUCCUUGUUUAUUCGUGAAGUCCCAUUCACCAUGUAAACUGGUGUUGAUUGGAAACUCUUCUUGAAAUAGGGCAGAACUGCUUGGCUUUUUUUAACUUUAACAGAUGUAACUUAUGAGCAUAGUAAUAAUAUAAAGUAAUAGCUGUCUGUUUAGUCUUGCAUUGCUUACAAAUCCAGCUGUGUUUGUAAUGAUAGGGGUCCACUGAGAAACUACUGUUUCAGUAGUCAUUUUUUUUCAUUUCUCUACUAAUCUCAUUAAGUUAGACAGGGAAUUGCAAAUCUUAAUUCUUCUUCAAGUAGCUUUCUUUAAACCCAGAACUUCCUAUGUUAAACACAGCUGCUGUGUAAAAGGAGAAGAUUGCCAGCAUGUUUGUUCAUGCCUAGUUAUGCAAUCUGCAUCUCUUGAAAAGAUUAACUUAAACAGCUUGUUUUCAAAUGCUGCUUCUGGUGUUGAAACCUUUAACUUUCAACUUUGUUGAACCUUUUCAUUGUGAUGUUACAUUUUUUAUCUUUCUGGGCAGCAGUACAUGUCAGCCUAGUAGUAACUAGUGACUUGGAUUCCUGCUUUGUUCUUGUAGAGGUCAGCUCUGUUUAAAACAGUGAUCUUGCUUGCUUGCCUUUUUUAGCAAAAAUGCUCUUCGUUAACUUCACUCAAGGGUGCCCAAACACUUUCAUUGUGUCUUAAGCCAUAAGUUAAGAUCUCAAGGGCUGAAAUUUAUUUGAAUGUUAGAUAUGUAUGAUUUCUUAUCCAGGAUAUGAGUUGGUUGUGGUUUUUUUUCUUAUUGGAUAAAUUGUGGUCAACGUGAAAUGUUACCCACAGACGUAGGAAAGGGGGGGAACCCCACCCAACCAAACAGAUCUGGGUUCUGACCUUUCAGAAUAACUUCUCUUCUCUGGCCACAGCUCCAUAUCUGAAACUAAGAUGUGGAGGGUGACUAUGCAGAGUAUUUUUCUCAAUUCUUUUUGGUUGCCAAGUGGCAAAUUGGACACCCCUGACUUGAAUCGACUGCCUCUUUCAUGUAAAGGUAGCUUUGUUCUAGAAAUGUCACAUAGAAAGAAAACAGAGUAGAUCACAUACCAGAGCUGUGCUUGAAUCAAGCUGCUUAAACAAUAGUGUACUUGUGCCUCAAAUGAAUCAGUUUUUGCACUGAGUACAGUAGUACCCCAUUAUCUUGUACUUCUGUCCUUCACAGACCUGGAAGCGCCAUUAGCAUGGUUCUCUGCAGUACUUUUCUUGUACUUCUGACAUUACAAUAAAGUAUGUUUUGUCCUGAA